AUGGCUGACAAGGCUAUUACAGGAAUCAAGGUAGCUAGGAACUGUCGAGGAAUUUCUCAUCUAUUCUUUGCAGAUGAUGCACUGCUUUGCUGCAAAGCCAUACCUCAGGAAGCUCAGGUGCUAAAAGAUAUAUUGGAGAAAUAUGCAAAAGCUUUAGGCCAACAAGUGAACUUUGAUAAAUUUGCUGCUUACUUCCGCAGAAAUACAAAUUUGGAUAUUAGAAGAACAAUCUGUGGAAAGCUAGGAAAUCUAAAGGAAGCGUAUAGUGGAAAGUAUCUUGGACUUCCAAUGGUGAUAGGCAAAUCACUGAAAGCAAUGGUGAUAGCCUUACCCAACCACACAAUGUCUUGCUUCAAGCUUCUAAAGGGAUUAUGCAGGGAUAUCUGUAAGCAAAUUGCCAACUUCUGGUGGGGAAUAGAUGACCAAAAAAGAAAAGUUCAUUGGAUAAAAUGGAGGAGCAUAACUGAGAUAAAAGGGAAAGGAGGUUUAGGAUUCAGGGAUUUGGAGCAUUUUAACACAACAUUGUUAGCAAAGCAAUUGUGGAGAAUCUUACUAAAGCUAAACAUAUUAGUGAGCAAAGUUCUAAAAGCAAAAUACAUGAGAACUGAUUAUGUUCUCUAUAGGUAG